AUGGCGCCAUCCACUCGGUAUUCCGUCGCCACCCGCAAGAGCCAAAGGCUCGUCAGCUCAACCUCUCCUACUAUUAAUAAUAGUACCAACAGCCGUGAUGGUGAACAGGGAGCUCCCGAGGGUAACGCCAAGAAAAGGGGCCUUCCAAUAACAAGCACCGCUGAUUAUGGUGAUGAUGAUGCUGAUGAUCCCCUUGCCGAUCGAAUCCUGCAGGGUUUGACCGAACGGGCCGACAAGAAGACGAAGGCAUGGUUCACCAAUUAUGUCAAGGGCACUAUUUGGAUUGGUUGCAAAGUGCCAGUAGUUCGAUCUACUAUUCAGCAAAUAUUGAAGCAGCAACAAGAAGGAAAGACUGCGAGCACUCGAAAGACCAAAAAAUCAAAAGCAGCCUCCAAACAAAGUCCUGUUGGCGACUCGAUUCUGAUGGACAAUGCCAUUUGCUUACUCCAACACCAAGCGUGCGAUGCCAAAUUGGCAGGAAUGAUACUGCUUUCAGAGCACUAUCCAAGACCACUACUGGCUUCCCAUGAGACUCUGGAUCGAUUUGAUCGGGAUCUAUGGAAGGAUCCAACCAUCAUUUCGGAUUGGUCUACUGCCGAUUGGUUCUCCAACAAGGUAUUGGGCAAGAUUGUGUUUCAUGAUCACGUCGACAAUUCCCUCCAGCAACGAGUUUUUGACUAUGCCCACCUUUCACAGGCAUCUCUAUGGCAGCGACGAUGCGGUAUUGUGCCCUUCUUGCAGUAUCACAAGCAUUCAGACGCAAUGCCCCCCGACUUUGGAGCACAGUUGAUGGGAGCCUGUGAAGCCAAUCUCCUAACAUCGCCUCGUGAACGAUUCACGCAAACGGGAAUUGCAUGGGUGUUGCGCUACGUACUGUUGCUGCCAUCGCAAGACGGCCAGCUGGCACUCGAUUUCAUUUGCCGUCACGGAGCCGUAUGGACCACCGAGGCCAAAAAGUCCUUUUGUGAAAAGCUGCCAAAGUCGGAUCCACGGAGAAAGAAAAUCUUGGGGUUUUCGUAG